ACACACACACACACACACCAUACUGCACUUUCCACAACUUGAAGUUCCUGUGGAAGCAUCACUCCACUCCUUCAACUUUUCCAGUCUUUUAACAUCGAGAGAAAAUCCAUUUGGAAUAUCAAACCAGAUAACAGAGAUGGACGGGCUCUGACUCGUUCUGCCCUGGAGUCACAGCAUGGUUCUGGGCCAAACUGUCAACAUGAGUCUGAUGGACAUUUCAAAGAUCUUCUCGCUGCUGCAGCCUAAGGAUGAAGAUGAGGACAAUGAGCAGUGUCAGGCCUUGAACAACGCCGUGAGCAGCGAUAACGUGACGCUGCUGUCAGAGCUCCUGUCUCAGGAGGCUUACAAGAGGUCUAUCAACGGUCGCAGUGGCUGGGGGGUCCCGGUCACCCCUCUGCGCACCGCUGCUGCUUUGGGACACCUGAGAUGCCUGGAGCUGCUGCUGGAGCACGGCGCAGAGAUUGACAGCCUGGAUGUGAAGGCCCAGACGCCUCUGUUCACAGCUGUCAGCGGGAAACAUCUGGACUGUGUGGUGGCUUUGCUGAAAUCUGGAGCCGAUCCCAACGGCAGUCAGUACAACAACUGCUCCCCGGUGCUCACCGCCGCCAGGGAAGGGGACGUGGACGUGCUCCGCGAGCUGUUGCGAUUUGGAGCCGAGGUGGAUGUGAGACCCAAGGUACCCGACUGGGCCUCCAACGCCACGGCGUGCAGAGGGCCCCUGUACAUCUCUGCUGUUUACGGACAUCUGGACUGCUUUAAACUGCUGCUUCUUCACGGGGCAAACCCCAACUACAACUGCACUGAUGAGAAGAUGUUGGCCAGGAUAAAACAGCCAAAGACCGUCCUGGAGGUGUGUCUCCGUUAUGGCUGUGGGGUGGAGUACAUCCAGCUUCUUAUAGACUUUGGGGCAGAUGUGUAUCUACCUACGCUGAUCAUUGACAAGAUGACAAAGCAGAAUGAAGCUUUGGUUCUGCUGUUCAAAGAGAGAGUUUGCCCCAAAACACUGAUGUCACAGACUCGGCUGGCGAUUCGAAGAUUCCUCCCAAAUGCAGAUAAGAAUCCCGCCAUUGACCGUUUGGACAUUCCUCCAAUCCUGAGGAACUACCUCAAGCACAACACCUCUGAACUUGUAUGAUGCUCCGUUUAGCAUCUGGAGAUAUGGCCAGUGACAUUUUGUAACUUCACUACUGUGUACUGAUGAUUGGACUGGUCCAUCUAGGCUAUGUCGACUGAUUUUGGCAUAGUUGCAACAAAAUGAAAGAUCACCUAUAUCAAUAUACAGGGUGGGGAAGCAAAAUUUACAAUAUUUUGAG